UUCAGUUCCAAAUAACAAUACAUUCAUUCAUCAUUUCACUUUUCAUCUUUUAAGAUGAUGCACUGAACCUGGGCCUGAGAUCUUUAGCAGUCAAGACAUGAACGUGUCAACGGCCAAUGUGACUGUGGUUAUAGAGUAUCGGGACUCCUUCGCCAAAGCUGUGACCAAGAAUGUGAUUGUUGUGGUUCUCAGCAUUUCCAUCAACUACAUCAAUGCAGGCCUCAUUCAAACCUUUUGCAAACACCAGAUCUUCAACAUGAAUCCUCGGUAUAUACUUUUCAUUCACCUGGUGGUCAACGACAUGAUCCAAGUGACUCUGACCGUCAUGUUGUUCAUCAUCAGCUACACCAUCUACAAAAUAAAUGUUUCUGUCUGUUGCGUCUUUAUCCUACUUGCUCUUUUCACCACUGAAAACACUCCUCUGAACCUGGCCUGCAUGGCGGUCGAGUGCUACAUCGCCAUCUGUUUCCCCCUCCGCCACGUGCAGAUCUGCACCGUCAAGAGAACUUUAAUGCUGAUUGGUCUAAUCUGGGUGACAAGUUUGUUGUCUGUGCUUCCUGAUCUGUUCAUCACCUUGGCCAUGCAACCGCUGGACUUCUUUCAUUCCCGAGUCUUCUGCCUCAGGGAAACUACUUUUCCAAAUCCCCAUAUUCUCAAGAAGAGGGACAUUACCUAUAUUGUGUAUCUGGUUAUAGUCUGGAUGGUCAUCUUUUACACAUACUUCAGAAUUCUGUUCACUGCACAAACGGCUAGCAAGGACGCUAAAAAAGCCAGAAACACAAUCAUCCUCCAUGGUUUUCAGGUGCUGUUGUGUAUGGCAAUAUAUGUAGAACCCCUGUUAAAACAAGCUCUGUAUGAGUGGUUUCCAAAGAAUUAUUCAGACUCCUUGUUUGCAUGUUACAUCAUUGCACAGAUGCUGCCAAGAUCAAUUAGUUCAAUCAUCUAUGGCAUAAGAGACAAGACUUUCAGGAGGUACCUGAAAAGGAAUCUGUUUUGUAAGGUGAGCCGACAGUAA